AUUAAAUGAAUGUAGGGAUCAAAUGAGUUUCCCUUUCAAACUACCAUCAUACCAAACUAUUUUUUUAAUCUUUCUUGAUUUUCUACUAGAUGGGAAGAGCAAGGAUUUAUUAACCAUGAAGCAAGAUGAAGCAGAAUGGGAAGAAUACAAGAAAGUGAUGGACGAUGUCAUUAAAAGGAGUGGACUAAAUAGGAGCAGUUUCUAUGAUCUCAGAGGAAACCACGAUAAUUUUGGUGUGCCAUAUACUGGUCGUUCAUUUGAUUUUUACUCUACAUAUAGCAUCAAUGGGCAGCUGGGAAGAAGAGGACCGGUUAACAGUGUCACAGUGCAGACUGGCAGGCGCAAUAUCCUAUUUGUCGAGUUUGAUAGCUCCGCAUCUUUAGGAUUACGUGGUCCAACAAAUUUGUUUGGUCAUCCAAAUGACCGAUUGUUAACUGAUAUAAGUUCUGAACUAUCACAAUGGGAUCCUUUACCUGCAAAACCUGUUCUUAAGAUUUCACUUGGGCACUUUCCACUCUCCUUUUCUGCAGCGGCUUAUUCUGGAAAGACUCUUAAAGAUGUGUUUCUGAUGCACUCCUUGUCAGCUUACUUGUGUGGGCAUCUGCAUACAAGGUUUGGAAAUAAUUUAAAGCGGCAUCACGAAUCAAAUCACCACCCCUUAUAUACCCAACAAUUCUUUCAGUUGAAUGGACAUGGAUUACCUGUUGAGACACGUGAAGAAGAGUUUUCUCUCAAGAGCACUGAAGAAUUUUGGGAGUUGGAAGUAGGCGAUUGGAGGAAGAGUAGAACUAUGCGCAUUUUAGCCAUUGAUAGAGGUUGGAGCUCAUUUGUAGAUGUUGACUUCAGAUCGGGGGCAAAAAAAACUAUUAUAUUGCCUACAUUUCCACUUGAUUCUCGCUUUAUCUUGGACAAAUCAUUUCAGAGGAAUGAAUCUCUGUCUGUAGAUCCUACAUUAUACAAUGAUAUCAGAGCUCUCGUCUUUUCUUCUUCUCCAAUUGCAUCUGUUGUGGCCAGGAUCUAUGACUCAAGGCCUGGUAAUCUCAUUGUUGUAUUUGAGACUCCUAUGAAAAAAACUGGGAAUGCCUUAUCCAGGGGGGGCCUUUAUACUUGUCCUUGGAAUUUUAAAGCCUUCGAAGAUCCAUCUCCUCUGCGAUUCUUAUUGCAAAUUGAAUCAGUUGAUAUCAGUGGGAGAACAACUUUGACUGAACUGCGACCUUUUUCGAUUACGGGCCAACGAGCCAGUCUCCCAUGGAGCUGGAAAGAAUUUUUUGUAAUGGGUUGUCAAUGGGAUGCUUUAUAUUACCCCAUCUUAUCAGCCUUUUACUUUUUUAUCCUAUCCAUUCUCCUUAUACCAAAAACCGCCUUAUCAUUUUCGGAAAAACAACAUACACGUAAGAGAUUCAUUGCCAACAGAGGAUUACCAAACUUGACAACACGAAUACUGGUGGAGCUAUACAUUGCUCCACAGCUGUGGUACUGCAUAUUCAUUUACUUGCUUUACCUCUUAUUAUGUCCUUGGUUUUGGGGCCAAGCUCUCAUGGAAGGAGAAAGGGGAUACAUGACAUACCAAGGUUGGAUGUUGAGAUCCGAUACAAAUGAAAAGCUAAAGUUUUUUGGGUUUCCAGAUGUAAUGGUGGUUGUUCUUCCCCAUCUUUAUUUCGUCCUUCUGCCCGCACUAUUGGUGAUAGUAGCAUUUGUGGUUGAAAGAGAAAUAUACCGAGAAUCUCUCCGGGCACAUUCUGGUAAAAAAGAUGAUGCUGAUGUGAAGAACAAGAUAUUUGCAUCUACUUGUGGAAAAAUUUAUAGACUGAUGCUUCUCCGCAUGCGGGUGGUUAGGAAAAUGCUGCUGGGUAUCUGUUUGGCAAUAUGUUGGAGGCAUUUUAUGAAUUGCAGAGCUCUUAGUAAAGCGUAUGAGAUGAACCCGUUCAUCCAUUUUCCGAUAUAUAGCUUGUGGGUCCCACUCGUGUUGGCAUAUACCAUCCGCAGAACUAGCUGAGUCUGAGGGGCUUCGGGCUCGUUUGGCAAUAGCUUCACCGUUUAGCUCUAGCAUUUUGAAAAGGAAAUCCAAUGCCAGCGUUUAGCCUUAAUAUUUUCAAAGUUAAUCUACACAAUUAGAAAGUUAUCGAAAAUACGGAAGGUUGUUCCCAAACAAGACGUUAAUCUUGUGUAGUACCUAGCUAGUAGGUUAUCUUCCCUUUUUUCCCAUUAACUACUGAUUUUCCAGCUAUCUAGACACAGAUGAUUAAUUGAUGAUGACUUCAUUUGGCAACAAUGUUUGUAACUAGCAUUAGUAUUUUGGCUAAGUUUUAAUGAGACAAAUUCAUUUUAAAAUGUGCUAACUCUAAAAGUUAUAGUCUGAUACAUUUUCUAUAAUUAGUCCUUUAUAACAGGGGUUUCUUUAUUUAGUCCUCUAUUAUCAAAUAUUAUCCAAGUGGUCCUUCUUUUAUUGCCUCUUAAUGGUUCAGAUGUCUGAAUGGUUAAGAGAUUUGCCUCUGAAUGGUUAAGUAUUAUACAGAGUCUGAAUGGUUAAGACCUCUUAUCUGAAUUGAUCAGACAUUUGCCUCUGAAUAGUUAAGCAAUAUACUAGCUCUUAAUGGUUCAGACCUCUUACUGGUUCAGCACUUAAUGGUUCAGACCUCUUACUGGUUCAGCACUUACCCAUUCAGAAGUUGCCAAACAGCCCCUUACUGAGUAUAAUCUUAAGCAGAAUAUGAUUUAGGAAUUGGAGAGCUCUUUUUCUAGAUCUGCCAUAGUCAAAAAUGGAGUUCAUGAACCGCCGGAUCUAUCAUCGAAAACGUCUAAUCUCUCUCUAUUAUCUUCGCUUUCCGUCAAAUUUGUCUUUAUCCUUACUAUCCGCUUCAUAAUCGCCAGAUCUGCAGUCCCUCGCCAUGUCAGGUCUGCCAUGUCUUUCUUCUUUCACGAAAUGGAGAAGAAGAUGUAGAAAGACCAGGGCGGAGAAAGAUGACUAAGGAGAGAAGAGAAAUUAGGAGGAAGAUGAAGAAAGAUAUGAUGGAGAGAGGAAUAGGAAGAGACGAGAGAGCAAAGAAUAAAAUCUGGGAUAAUUC